AUGUCAUCUUCAUCAUCACCUCAUAAUCGACAAGAUAUCAAAUAUCGAGAGAUUUGUAUCUCAAAUAUCAAUAGACACACUGAACCUAAUCGAUUGUUAGCAUAUUUUGAGCAAUAUGGUCGAAUUGUGCAUUAUAACUAUACUUCACCGACAGGCGGUUAUGUUUUCAUCACAUAUGAAAAAUCACAGAUGGUCGAUAAUUGUAUAAGUAAUGGGCCGCAUUAUCUCGACGAGCGACAUUUAUACGUUAAACGUGCUCUACCUAUUGAUGAUGAUCAUCCUCGUGAACGAUUUGAAACUACACGUGAUCUGAUGGUUGUGAUUGAUUCGGAUGAUGAAAUCUUCAAACAAGCCGACUUUUUACAGCAACUCCGAGAAUAUUUCUCAUCUUAUGGACGAAUCUACGCUUGUAAAUAUCAACACGAAGCAAAUUUUGAUUAUAUUUUAGUUGAAUUUGCGGAUAAAGAUCCAGUCGAUCGGAUUAUUCUUGAUAAACCACAUCAUUACAAUGAUCAUGAGCUUGCCGUGAUGAAAUAUAUUCAAUCUAAUAUUGAAUUAAUGAAUAGAAAGUACGUUCGCAAAAAGCAACAAUCAUCAACUGCCAAAGAUGCCAUUGAUGAUGAUAAUUAUCAGUCGAUCAAUUCGUCGAGUAAUACUUCUUCCAGAUCGACGUCGAAAGCGAAAGAGCCAAUUAAUGAAGUAGAUCUUCAGAAUGAAGUCUUUCGCCUUCAAAGUGUUUUAAAAAGUCUGAACGAUGAAUUUGAUCUGAAGCAAAAACAAUUAGAAGAUACCUGCUGUCAACAAUUGAAGCAACUGAGUGAAAAUGCGACGAAAAAAAUUCGUCUACAACAAGAUCUCGAACAAGAAUGUGCGAGACUAUUAGCUGAAUAUGAAACGUUGAAACAAGAGAACGAUUUGCUCAAUGAACAAUAUUUGACAGUCGAGUUGGAAAAUUUCGAAAUAACGUCUUAUUAUGAACAGAGUCUCAAUGAAGAAAAAGCGAAAACAGCUCGAUUAGAAGCUGAAUACGCUGAAAAAUUGCAACAAUCAAAUGUUAAUCAAUCUCCUCCAUCAACUUUGACAGAAAAAUCGUUCUCCACGCCGGAGUCCAACUGA